GUUUUUAUUUCUUCCACAGAAGAUGAUGGGAGGAAAGGCAAGGUGGAGGAAGCUGAAGCGUGUAGUUGGACCACAACCGCAGGGAGCCCAGGUACCAAGCAAACAGCGCUUCAAGAAAGACCGUACUAAGACCAAAGACGUCAAGAGGAAGAAGUUGGGCGAAGAAGAAGACGACGAGGAGGAGGGUGGCACAGUUCAAGAGCUGAAGGAAGACAUGGAUCAACACGAAAAAGAUGAGGCAACGUCUGCCCUAGAUGCUACGAUGGAGAGGGAUGCCUCCGGUGAACCAUAUGAUGACCCUCAUAUAGACGAUGCUCAAGGUGAGGGUAAAACAUCGAUCCAAGAUGGCAUUAGCCAAGAAGGUGCGGAGGCAGUUGAAACGAUGGAAACUAACGGUGCUCUCUCUAUAACCGAAAUGCAGAAAUCAAGUGUAAUAGCAACCGACGUGGAUAAAGACUUCGAUUCCCCUCUUGCUGAAUGGAUUUGUGACCCGCAAGGUGAGGUGACUCUAGAGGAAGAGUUGAAGUCGAAGGAAAAAGAUGGCAUGGAUAUGGACGAUAUUCCUGCAAAAGCUGGAAGGAGAGAUAAAGUCCAUCUUCCGAAGGUAAGUGGUGAUAAAACUUCUUCCGAUAAGAAUGGAGAAGCAGCAGACAAAUCCUCGCUCUCUGAAGGUCAUGGAAUUAGUAACAGCGAAAAAUCCGUCAAAUUCUUUAUAUCGGAUGACGAGAGUGAUAGUGACACAGCCAUAUUUGUCGACGCGUGUCAGCACACACUUAGUGGCGACGAAAACUGUCAUGCAGAUGAUAAAACGACUCCCGGGGAGGAAAGACUCAACGAUGGUAUGGAGGAGUACACAGUCAUCGACCUUACAGCAGAUUCUGCAGUUGAGCAUUCACUAGAGGGCGACGACAUAGAACUGGUAAUUGGCGACAUGGGAGAAGAGGAGGAUAUCAAUGAUACAGAGACGCACAACCCACUCUCAGAGAUCGUCGACAAUGAGGGUGUGGUGACGGACCAGACGGCAGCACCAAACCAGAACUCGAAUUCGCAAGAGUUUCAUGAAGCCAGAGGCACCUCGUCGAAUCCUUCCUCUCCAGGAAAUUAUGUGGUUCAUAACUCAAACUCAUCAGGACAACACAGAGAAUCAGACAGCAACAUGAACUCUUCCACCGGUGAGUUAACAGACGCAGAAUCUGGUAGCAGGUCAUCAGUGAGUGAUCAUGCUGAUGCAGAUUCCAUCAGCAGAACCUCACACACAGGAUCAAACGAUAAUGACGUUGCCAGGAAAGCCUCCACUGAUGGUUCAAUUGACCAAGAUGUUCUGAGUGCAGCAUCAGUAACUGAAUCAACUGACUCGGAAACUGUGAGCAGAACAACCACGGAGACAGUUCCUGAAGAAACAGGUUCGACCUCGGUUACUGAAAGAGGUGAGGCAGACGCAAGCACCAGAGGUUCAACAUUAUCUCCUGAUGGAUCAAGUGUAUCUAUUAAGUCGCAGUCCAUCCACGGCAUGUCUCCCCCUGAAACCGGAGAACCAGAUGCUGUCAGUACAACCGCCAGCGAGUCCGGGGACACGGAAAUUUGUAGUAAGACAUCGGGCAAUGGGCUCGAGGCAGAGAGAACACGAACCUCUGUAAGUGAAUCAGGGGAAACCUAUGGCACCAGUAGAACUGAUAGCGAGUACAGCGCCAGCAGAACAUCAGUUAGUGAGUACAGUGGAGAGGGAGUAAGCAGAUCCUCAGUAAGUGAAUACAGUGGGGAUGGAUUAAGUAGGACAUCAAUAAGUGAAGCAGGAGAUACAGAGGAAGCAAGCGGGGCAUCUCUUGCUGGCACAAGGGAACACACUAGUAAAUCCUCUAUCAGUGAAUCAGAGUUUGACUCUGAAAGUCUUUCUUCCACAACUGAUCUCUUAACUCCUAAAGAGGAAGUGUCCUUCGCUUUAGAAUCUAAGGCAAAGGCAGAACCCGGAGAUUCCGCUGUACUGUCCGAAGGAUCGCUUGAAGACACUCUCCUGACCCCAAUGGACAAGGAGAAAGAAAAACUAAUUGAAAUUCGCUCUGGAUCUCCAGUUUGGGAAGAUCUUGAUCGCGAGGAUCACAUUAGACUUGUAGAAGACGUGGAACAGCCAGAGAUUCCUGGUGAGAGUGUCACCAAGGAGGCUGAUGCCCAAAGUUUGUUUUUCAGUCUUUAUCCUGAGUAUCAGCCAGGUGAAGGAGAAGUGGAGGACAAUCAAGUAAAGGCUGCAAGUGGAAAUCCAAAAUUUCCUUGUUUUCGGGGCCAAAGAGAAGAACAGGGUGAUCAAAAAGACGUUUACAUGGCCAUGGAAAAAUCAGAUGCAAAAGGCAGAAAAGAGAAAAGGAGCAAGGGAAGCUUUACCGGCAAGAUCAAUCAAAUUCAGAACAAAUUCUCUCAACAGAAGAAGUCUGAGAGAGAAAAUAAGAGCGCCUCUGAGCCUGAGGGAUCUUCCCCACGUCAAAGCAGCGGAGGCAGCAUCGACGAGCAACAGGACACUGUCUCAGGAACCUCCAGCGAUGAGCAAAAACCCAAAAGCGAAGGAAAAGGGGACGACUCAGAGCUCUCCUAUCACGCCUCCCGAGACUGGUCGAUGCCCGAUGUUUUGGACAGUGCCUCUUCCCUCGCCUCGAAUGACCAUGCCGAGGAGACCCAACAGCUCGCCAGUGACAAGAACGACAUGGUAUGUGAAGCUGGACAACCUGGAGAAGGAAUAGAUAUAACUAAACCAGAGGACACUACAGCAACUGUGGUCGUAGAUGCUGUAACGGUAGAAGAGGCAACGCAGACUGAUCAGGAGGUAACAGCUGUGACGGAGACUGGACAAGAGGCACUAGAGAUGGAGAGCAAAAUUGAUAACUCUGUAAAAGAUCGUAAGACUCUUGUGGGUAAGGCCAAAGAAUGGAUCAAAGGAGUCGCAAGAAUAGGAAGCAGGAAGGAGGAAAUCGUCCCCGAAAAAGUCUGUGAUAAGACCGAAGCUGCUGAAAGCAUUAAAGAAGCACCCAAGACUGAAACGAAAAGAACAGAAAGUGAGUCAGUGGAAGCAGAUGAAACGAGAAGCAAGGAGUCUUCCGUCACCUCCGAAUCAAAAUCGUCGGACGAUGAGAAAGGCAAGAAAGAUGAAGCAAAUGGUCUACAUAGUCAAGAGUCAGUCAAUAUGGAUACAUUGAAACAAGAUGCUAGUACAGCUGAGAGCGAGGGAGAGACGGGCAUAGUUAGUAAUGGAGGGGCCAGUUUGGAGAACUCUGACAAAACAUCUACGGAUGCGGUAGACAAAGAAGAAACAUCUAUGGAUGUGGCCGACAGGGAAGCAGCACCCACUGAUGUAUCAGACAAGGAAAAAGUAGCUGUCGAACAAAUUCCUGCUAAAGAGGGCCUCCAAAAAGUAACUGAAGAUUUAAGUAUGUUAGAAAAGGAAAUAAUUGAAGAAGUGGAUAAGAAUCUAAAGGUUGAAACAGGCACUGAAGAAGAAGAAAUGAAAGCAAGAGAAGAAACACAAGAGACAGUUGUAUCCGAGACUCCACCGGAGCAAGUAGUUGAAGCAGUAAGUACCGAUGCCCAGCCACCUGAGUCACCAGCAAGAGAAGCUCCAGUUACUGAGCAUUUGGAAACUGGAGAAGUUUUGCCUUCAGAGAGUAAAGAAAAAGAGGAAAUUCUUUUGGAAGGCGCACAUCAUUUAAUUCUGGAUGAAAAUGCAGUCUAUGAGACAGGCCCAACAACAACAGAACCUGAUAUCAUAGAGAGCACGAAAGAAGUCGCAAAUAGUGAUACUAAAGUAAAUGGAAUAAUUCAUAAAACAGAGAAUGGGUUAGGAACCAUUCAAACAGAGAACCCGGACACCAAGACACAAGAAAUUCCAGAAAUAAGAACGUCUGAAGUGGACGAACCAAAUAUAAACAUUAUUCCUCAGGAAGAAACACCCAGAAGAAAAAUGGAUGAAUCACGACGGCAUCGUAAAGGAAGAGAGAAGUCAAAAUCGCCUUCUGUGAGCAAGGACUCCGAUAAAAGCCGAAGUCCGAAAAUAUCAAAGGCAGAUAAAGAAGCGAAAGGCGGGAGCAAGAAGCGGAAACACCACCGUCGACGCACCAAGAGUAACGAGGGACCCGAGAUGCAUCUUACCAUCCCUCAGUCAACCGAGGCCGAGGGAGCUUCCCCGGAAACACCUGAACCUUCUCCGGUAGAAGACGAGCCGACAGAAGAACCUCCGGAAGUCCCUGAAGGUAUAUUUCUUGAUGUAAGCGAUGUUCUUCCGCAGAGAGAACAAGAACUUGCUGCCACUGGCUUGGCGGGAACUAUAGGUGAAGAGGUCUCAAUCGAGAAGGCAGAAGACUUGCAUAGAGAUGAGACCCCUGAAACAACACAGCUGGAUGAAAUUGAAAGAACAGCUGAAAAGAAAAGUGAAGACAAAGAACCUGAGGUUACACUCACAACAGGUGAAGAGCGAGAUGGGGAUAUUACUGUUCCAGCCAUUGAUGAUGUUAUUGAUAAGACAUAUGAAAGAGAAAGCGAAAUUGCACACAAGGUAACAGAAGAAAAUGGGGCCGAUGUUCAAGAUGAGGAAAAAGAGCCUGAUGCUGCUGUAAAGAAACCUGAAGAACAUGAAAUAGAUGUUCUUGAUCAGACAGAUGACGAAUACGAACCUGCUGAAGACACAACUAAAAAAGCAGAGGGUGACCUAACAAGCACCGUAGAACGUGGUUAUAAUGAUAUUAAAGAGUCAGCUGAAAAACAAGAACAUGAGGCCGCAGAACCAGCAGUUGUAGAGUUCGUUUAUGUUGAUCAAGAGGAAGUAGAAAAGGCAGAACAUGAAGAUAGAGGAGCAGGCACACUGGAGGAGCAAGCAAGUGUUCAAGAAGAGCCCCAGACUGUUGACGCUGAGCAUCAAACUACCAACCCCCGAAAAAAAGGCUCAGUUAGGUCUAGCAAAGAUAAGUUUUCGGACGAGUUCUGGAAAGAGAAACUUAGUAGUGGUCAUCGAAAGCACGGGAAACAUCGUGAGGAGCAUAAAUCAUUUGAUUCUGGUGAAUAUGAUAGCACGAGUCCAUCCAGAGCAAAAAAAGGAAAAAGUCGUGAAUCAAGACACAAUACGCGGGAUACAGAUGAACCCGAGGAUCGCAAGGAUGAAAGAACAGAACCAGAGACUGUCGAGGAAAGACAAACAGAUCCACCACCUGUCAUGCCAGAGGGUGACACUGGAGAAGUAACAGAAUCAUUUCCAGCUUCCGCUGCUACAUGGAGUCCACGAGUGGGCCGAAAAGAGAGAAGGAGCCAUAGGAAAUCUAGUGAACGUAAGAAGGAGAGGAAAUCAUUAGAAAAAUCUGAACUGGAAAGUGCACGACGGGAGGAAGAGGCAAAGGGAAAGUUAGACCCAGAUACCCAGGGAGAAACACCAGAAAACAUAGUGCCCCCUGAGGUUCCGCAAAUAGGAUCACCAGUUCCCCCUACGCCUCCUCCAGAGAGCAAAGCUGCCUCUAAACCAAGUGAUGCACCACCAGAGGAUUCUCUAACCCAAGACUCAGCAGCAAUAGACACAAGCAUUACCUUAGUGGAGCUAAAGUUUCCCGAGGGUGUGUCAAAGCCUGUUUCACCCAUACCACCGAAACCUACAUAUCCAAGCAAGACUCCAGUGUCUGAAGAAAUUUCAAAAAAAAUAAAAUCAGAUGAAAAAAAAAAUCAUAAAAGGGCUUCAAAGAUUGUUUCAUCACAACCGAAACUAGAGAUUGUUGAUUCCAAAACACCAACUGAAGCACCACCGGAAGAAACCGUAACUAAAGUCACUACUACAGACUUACUGGAGUUGAGGUUCCCUGAGGGUGUAUCAAAGCCUCUUUCACCCUUACCUCCCAAAAUUACAGAUGCAAAGACAGUUCCAUCUCUUGACGAAAUCUCAAAAAUAAAACCCAAAACUGAUGAAUCUAAGAUUGAUAAAAAGGCUUCGACGACUGCUCAACCAAAACCAGAACAAGUUACCCAAGAAUCAGCACCACCGGACACCGGGACUGGUUUACUGGAGCUGAAGUUCCCUGAGGGUGUCUCCAAGCCUCUUUCACCCAUACCGCCAAAAAUUCAAGAAUUGACCACUGUUCUAGUGCCUGAUGGAACCCCUAAAAAAAAGACAAAGUCAACUGAAACGAAGCUGCAUAAAAAAGUUUCGAAGACUGCUUCACCAAUAGCAAAGCGCCGAAGUGUUCCUGAACAGCCUAGCAAGGCACCACCCGAUAAACCUGAAACUCAAGAUUCAGCAACAGAUACUGGCACUACCUUGCUAGAGCUGAAAUUCCCUGAGGGUGUUUCGAAGCCUCUUUCACCCUUACCGCCCAAAAUGGUGGAAUCAAAAACGGCUCCAGUUUCUGAUGUACCUUCUAAAAAACAAGAAUCAAAAGAAUCGAAGCUUCAUGAAAUCGAAGCUUCGAUUGCUGAAGCACCAAGCGAAGCCCCACCAGUGGAACCUGUAACUGAAGACACAGGCACUGAAUUAUUGGAACUAAAAUUCCCUGAAGGGGUCUCGAAGCCUCUCUCACCACUACCACCUAAAGUUAUUGAUACAAGCAAGGCUCCUUUGCCUGAUGUUACUCCCAAAAAGAAAAAAUCAGAUGAAACGAAGCAUCAUAAACGGGUUUCGAAGACUGUUUCCACAAAACCUAAGCUCCAGACUGUUGCUCCAGAAGCAGAAAGUGAGGCACUACCAGAAGAUCUUGUAGCUGAAGACACCGGAACUGCCUUACUUGAGCUCAAAUUUCCCGAGGGUGUCUCAAAGCCUCUUUCACCACUACCUCCUAAAACCAUUGAUUCAAGCAAGGAACCUUUGCCUGAAACUGUCACUAAAAAGAAAAUAUUAGAAGAACCUGUAGCUGAAGACACCGGAACUGCCUUACUUGAGCUCAGAUUUCCCGAGGGUGUCUCAAAGCCUCUUUCACCACUACCUCCUAAAACCAUUGAUACAAGCAAAGCUCCUUUACCUGAAAUUGCCAUCAAAAAGAAAAAAUCAGAUGAAACAAAGGUUCAUAAACGGGCUCCAAAAAUUGCUUCCACAGCACCAAAGCCCCAAACUGUUGCACCUGAAGAACCAAGUGAGGCACAGCCUGAGGAAUUUGUAACUGAAGACACUGGGAGUGCCUUACUGGAGCUGAAGUUUCCUGAAGGUGUCUCAAAGCCCCUUUCACCUAUACCGCCAAAAAUCGUAGACUCAAGCAAGGCUUCAGUAGAUGCUUCAGUCUCAAAAAAGUCAAAAAUUGAUGAAAGAAAGAUUCAUAAAAAGGCUACGAAGACUGUUUCACCUAGACUUAAGCCUGAAAGCGUUGCCCCUGAAGCUCUUCCAGUACAUGAGGAAAAAAUCGAGGAGCCACAUGAGGAACCUGUGACUCAAGAUUCCAGCAUGACUUUACUGGAGCUGAAAUUUCCUGAAGGCGUCUCCAAGCCACUCUCACCUAUACCGCCGAAAAUCGUAGACUCGAGCAAGGCUGUAUCUGAAUCCCAAAUUGUUGCUCCUAAAGGUGAUCAAGCACCUGAAUCACCAAGUAUUGCUCCACCAGAGGAACCUAUAAGCGAAGACUCAACAGCAACAGACACGACCACUACCUUACUCGAGCUGAAGUUCCCAGAAGGUGUAUCGAAGCCUCUUUCACCUGUUCCACCGAAAAUCUUAGAUUCAAGCAAGGCCCCACGGCCUGAUGAAGCUAUCAAAAAGCCAAAAUCAGAUGAAUCAAAGCUUUACAAGAGGGUUUCAAAGGCUAUCUCUUCAAUAACAAAGUCCCGGAGUGUUGCUCCCGAAGCAGUACCAGAAGAACCCGCAACUGAAGACUCUGCUGCAGUAGAUUCUAGUGCUGCCUUACUAGAACUAAAAUUCCCCGAGGGUGUAUCGAAGCCUCUUUCCCCUGUUCCGCCGAAAAUCACGGAUUCAAGCAAGGCUCCCGUGUCUGACAGAGCUUCAAAAAAGACUAAACGUAGUUUGAAGGUCAUUUUGCCAACAGCAAAGCCUCGAAGUGUUCUUCCUGAAGCUUCAGCAAUACUUGAAUCACCUAGUAUCGCACCACCAGAGAAACCUGUAACUGAAGACUCAAAAGCCACAGAUACUACCAGCGCCUUAUUAGAGUUGAAGUUCCCUGAGGGUGUCUCGAAGCCUCUUUCACCCGUUCCACCAAAAAUCUUAGAUUCAAGCAAAGCUCCAGUGCCUCGCGCAACUUCCAAAAAAUCAAAAUCAGAUGAAACAAAGCUUUACAAAAAGGUUGCAAAAGCUGUUUCCUCAAUAACUAAGCCCAGGAGUGAUGUUCCUGAAGCAUUAAGCAGUGAAAUAGCUAAGGAACUUGUCACUGAAGAAACUACCACUACCUUGCUGGAGCUGAAGUUCCCUGAAGGUGUCUCAAAGCCACUUUCACCUGUACCACCAAAAGUUAUUGAGUCAUCCAAGGUUCUAGAACCUGAAGCCGUCUCUACAAUAGCCAAAUCAGAUGAAAUGAAGCAGGUUCCAUCGCCGAUAUCAGAGUCACAGAGUGUUUCAGCUGUUGAGGAAUUAAUUGAAGUACCACUAGAGAAACUUUCAACUCAAGAUCCAUCAGUAACAGAAACUGCAACUGCCAUACUGGAGUUAAAAUUCCCAGAAGGUGUAUCGAAGCCCCUUUCACCCAUACCACAGAAAAUCAUAGAUUCCACCAGGGAACCAGAACCUGAGAUAACCUCAGACUUGGUUUCUCAGUCAGCUAUAACACAGACACAACCAGAAAUGCUUUCACCGCCUCCAGAAACUCUAAAGAUUGCAGACGAUAUCUCACCACUUCCCACAUUGACAUCUGAAACCCUUAGGUCUUCUGAUGAAACGCACAAACCACCUUCUCCUGUACAGAAGGAAGCCGAGCUUCAAAUUGUCACUCCAAAGUCAGAAGCUCCAAUUCUUCCGCCAGUAAGAUCUCCAGACCUCAUUACAUCCGCUUCUCCGCCAGCAACAAUAGAUCUACUUGAAGAAAAAGUCCCACCACUAGUAGGACCUUCAUUAAAACCAGAAAAACCCACUUCACCAUUAAAGACGCUUAUAUUUCCAUGUGGUAUUUCCCAACCUCUUUCUCCUGAUCCCAGAGAACAACUAGUAACCCUUCCAACCACGAAGACUCUCCAAGAAGACGUAACUCCACCUAUGCAACUCGCGCAACAACCAUCUGAGUCUCCUGAAAAAUCUCAGGAGGAACCUAAACCGAAUAUAGAGCUUUCACAGACACUCGGUUCAUUACCGGCUCCAACAUCAUUAAUUUUAUCUGACACUUUACCUAAAUCAGAAGUUACCAUCCUUCCAGAUACGGCGACUUCAAAAUUGCCUCCUUCAGAACCCGAAUCCGAGGCGCCACCAGAGAAAACCACAGUAGCAAUGGACAAAAUCAGUGUACUACAAUCAGAAACAAUGCCCCGUGUACAUUCAGUCGACCGUAUCCCACAUCCCAUUGCAGAUUCUGAGCGCACUGCCUCAAAAAUAAGCACAGCAUCAAUAGCAACAAUGACAGACUUUCCUGUCAAAGUUCAUAAGUCAUUAUUAUCAACAACAGAGGCAAUAAAAGGAUCAAGGUUUAGUUCUCCUUCACCACAAAGAGUUAAGUCAAAAACUAGUCGACAUGGAACACCUCGAAAACAUUCAAGAGACAGCUCCACCAAAGUCCAAUCAACUAAGCCUCCACUUAAGCCAAAGCCUAGCUCCCUUACACAACAGACAGGAAAAUCUUCAACAGAUCACAGUGCCCUCACCACAAGCCCUCAGACCCUCGGUCUCACAGAUCCUCCAAGAGAUACUAUAUCUGCUUCACCGUCACUCACCAAAACAAUAAAACCAGUGGGAGAUACACAAACAACAGAAAAAACUGAGCCAACAGCAACAGAGGUCACUGAAUCUUCUAAAGUGAAGGAUUCUCAGCCAACAGAAGGUUAUGAACCAGUAAUAGAUUCUAGUCAGCUACAAGCAGACUGCAAGCCUCUCACAGACGAAGACGAAGACAUCAAGCAAUCGGUGGAAGAAUCAAAGUCAAUAGCAGAAAAAGGACUGUCUCUUGAAGAAGAGCAUAAGAUGGAAGAAAAAACAACUUUAGCUAAAACGAAGCCAACAGAAGCUACAAAAAGUUCAUCAUCAGCCAAAUCAGAAGCUUCACUCCCCAAAACGUCUGUACCUCCCUCUAAGGCUGCUUUUCCAGUUUUAAAGAAAUCUUCUCCUACGCAAAAGACAUGCCCUCUUCCUAAAAUAACUUCUUCUACACCCAAGGUAACAGCCAUCUCCAAAGCUACCGCCACAUCUAAAGUGAGCCCUCCUGUACAUACAAGAACAUCCCCCAUCCCGCAGAUAACUUCUCCCACACCGAUAACUGAUUCAACUACAGACACAAUAACCUCACCUACAAGUACGAUGCCUUUACCAACACCACAACCAGAAACUGUUACAGAAAAGACAGCCACUUCUGUAUUAGAGAUAGAAACAUCUGAUACUCUAAGCUAUCAGGCCACAUCAACAUUACAACAACCUUCCUCCGAACUAGCUGAGUCUAGCAUUCCAGACACUGUGACUUUGAGCCAGCAAGAACCUAUCAAAUCUUUAUCCUCUAAAACCUGUUCAACAGACACGGAUAUCUCCGAUGUUCAGCUCGAACCAUCAGCUGAAGAAACACUACCUCUAAAAUCAGAACAGCCAGGUUUAGAAUCUACUGUUGAUGCUAGCAGCGGAUCCUUUGAAUCCCAGCCUGAAGAUCCCCAAGUUCAGAGUGCUUCGCGCGAAGAGGACCAACGUACGACUGAGAAAGAUACUCUUGAUCUACUCCGGCAGCCCCAAUACGACCAGCCGGGCCUCCUGGGUUCUCACGAUGGGUCCCCGCCAUCUAAGGAAGGGUCACAGUCACCACAUACUGGAAGUGACACUCAGAAAAGAGCCCGUAGGAAAAAGAGACGUUAGUGCAUUGCAGACCCACAGCCGUAGCAGAGAACCAAGGAACAAAACAAUGUUUUCAAGAGCCAAAGGAAGAAAUUAAUUUUUGUAUAAACUCGAAAACAUAUAUAGAUAACCAAGGAAUAAGCUUUCAAGAAGGACAAGGGAAGAAAAGCUUCAAGAUGGUCGACGAGAUACAAGUAUUUAUCAAAAACCAAAGUAAAGAGAAAUGAGCUUAAAAUUUUAAUGUUAACUACCAAUAAUUUUGGAUAUAGAAGUCUACCCAAUGUUGUUUGUGAAAAAAGUCCUUCUAACGCUGCUGAUGAAGGACGACAUUUUGAUGCUGCUAGCAAAGGAAGACCACCCAACACUGCUGUCUUAGGAAGAUCUCUUAAUGCUGUUAUCAAAGGAAGACCAUCUAAUGCCGCUGGUGAAGGAAGACCUGACGCUGCUGACUAUGGAAAAUCUCCCAGCGCUUCUGGCUAUGGAAGUCCUUCUCAUGCUGCUAGCAAAAAACCUCCUGGCAUUGCUGGUUAUCAAGGCCCUCCCAAAGCUACCAGUGAAGGAUGACCUUCCAACGCUACUAAAGGACAAGGACCUAUUACUCAUACUGCCCUCAAGACCUCCGACGCUGUUAGCAAAGAAAGACUUCCCAACUGUUGGCUGUAAAUGACCUCCCAACAUUGCAGGUGAAGAUCUCCUGACGUUACUGAUGAAAGAAGAUUGACACUGCGAACGAGAACGACCUCCCAAUGCGACUGGCGAUGGAAAGGUUCCUAAUGUUGCUAGUGAAGGAAGACCUAUCGACACUUGGCUAGCGAAGGAAGACCUCUUGAUGUUGCCGAUAGAAGACCUCCCUAUGCUGCUGAUAAAGGAAGACCUCUCAACGUUGCUGACAAGGAAUGACCAUCCGUCGUUACUACUGAAGGAAGACAUGGCUUUGCUGACAAAGGAGAACUGCCAAAUACUCCUGAUAAACAAUUUCCCGAAGCUAAUACUGCUGAUUAAAGGAGAAUUUUCUCACAUUGCUAAUAAAGAGAAAUUAUCAAUGCUGCUGAUACAGGAGGCCUUUAUGCUGUUAGGUACUCUCGCUGCAGUUGACAGUUACCUUUUUUAUGCUACUAACACAGAAGGCCCUUCUGUUGCUAAUUACGAUGGCCUUGAUACUGCUGACAGAUGAGGCUCUCUUGCAGCUACUGGUGAUGGUCUUGAUACUGCUGACAGUGGAGGCUCUCUUGCUGCUACUGGCAAUGGUCUUGGUACUGCUGACAGAUGAGGCUCUUUUGCUGCUACUGGCGACGGUCUUGAUACUGCUGACAGUGGAGGCCCUCCUACUGCUGCUAACGAUACCCUUUUUGAUGCUGAUGACAGAGAAAGUCCUCCUACCGUUGUUGAUAAAUGAUCUUGAUGCUGCUAACGGAGAAGGCUCUCCUGCUGUUGCUGACAAUAAUCUUCUUGAUGAUGAUGACAGAAAAGGCUCUCCUAUUGUUACUGAUGAUGGCUUUUUAAUGCUAGUGACAGAUGAGGUUCUCUUACUGCUGCUGACACUAGCUUUCUUGACUCUGUUGAUAAUGAAGAUCCUACUGAUAUAGUUGAAGAGGAGAGCAUGACGCUGUUAAGGCUUUGUUAUGCUGCUGACGAAGUAAGUCUUCCUACUUCUGCUGAUGAAGAUAAAGGAAGAUUUUAUUAACGCUGAUGCCUAAGAACAUCUUAAAAUAGCUGAUAAAUUUCUCCUGCAAGACUGUAAUUUCUCCUGUAAGACUGUAAUUUCUCCUGUAAGACUGUAAUUUCUCCUGUAAGACUGUAAUUUCUCCUGUAAGACUGUAAUUUCUCCUGUAAGACUGUAAUUUCUCCUGUAAGACUAGUGCAACUGCUUGCAAUUUUUGUAACUAAUAAAUGACUUUUGAGAAAAAAAUAAAGUACGCUUUUUUAUAUUUUAUUUCGCUUCAUUCUACUCAAUAAUUUGCCACAAAAAAUUCGAACAAUAGUGAAUGCGUUUUGUAAUUUUUAUUUUUCUUAUUACCUCUGCAAAUAUAUGAGUGUGAUAACCGGUUUUGCUUAUCUAAAAUUUUAGUCUGAUUGCUCCAAUUUGUAUACAAGUAAGAUUAGUGUAAACUAUAUUAUUAUCAGCUGUUUGAAUUACCUGAUGAUUAAAAUGAGUUGUAAACUGAAGAGUCCAUUAUAUUAAUAAUUUCUCCCAAAA